CUGCAACAGAAAAAGAAAGUCUUGCUUGAAUCGAUUCCCUCCCUUUUAUAUAUUAUUUUUAUAUCAUCUACCUAUAUUUUUCUUUUGCCAACCUUUUUUGCUUUUAUCUUCUUUUGAUUUUCUUUUGAUUUUCUCUUUUUCUUCUCUUUUGUGCCGAUCAUUAAAAAAAUUAAAACUGGCGACAUCAUGUCCAAACCUCCCAGCCGGGACCGGGAAAUGUACUUACCCGGUAGCACGGCAUCUUUACCAAAGAAGAAAACGGGUCAAAGUUCUUCGUCUUCUACCCUUCCUUUGCCUUCUGGAGCUAUUUCUCCAGAGCAACAAUUUUAUUAUCUUCGUCUUAUGGCUAAACCUGGGCAAAGACCUCCAGAACCUAUAAAAAUAAAAUUUCCGCGUUGGCCAAAUGUUGAGGGUAGUGGUCAACAACCUUCAUCCUCCAGAAUUGUUGAGGAGCAUUUAGAGGAUCAAGCAAUGGCCGUUGUUCGAACAGUGGGACAAGCAUUUGAGUUGUGCAACCGUCUAAGUCAAGAACAAAACAAAGAAAGGCAACUUUUAGAAGAAGAAAGAGCAAUUGAUUCAGCUUUUGGUGCUGCUAGUUCAAGCUCUCUAAGAAAAAAGAACAGUAUUGGAACUGAAAGUGAUGAACAACAACAACCUUUAGAAAGGAGAAUGGCCACAAAAGAGUCCCCAUCUCACAACUCUCCUAGAAGUGGACAACAAAAAAGGCAGUCGAUCUUUGUCCCAAAACGAAUGACUGUUGAAGAGGAAGACGAGGAGGAUGAUGGAAAUGAAGAGGAUGAUGAAAGGGAAGGUUCUGAAUCAACUACAGAUAAUUUGGACAUCCCUGGACCGUCAACAUCUUCAUCAGCCCCAAGGCAGUCAAUUAUUUAUGAAAGAAGUUCGCCGGUGAAAGCUGUUGUAGAUUAUAGUCAAAUGCCUCCCAAUGUUAUUCCUGCUAAUGUUGCUGCUAUUAUUAACAGUGGUGCAGCGAGGCAUAGCGGGGCCUCUUCAUCUCCUUCAUUGGCAUUCCAUGCGACUGCUAUCCCUCAACAACAAGUUUCAAAUUCAACUAAUCCUCUUCAAACUGCUGCUACAUCCUCUUAUCCUCUCCCUCAACAACUUCCUUCAAAUUUGUGGAACAUUCCAAUGCAGCAAUUAAAUCCUGCCCUUUUUCAAAAUCCAGCCACCAACAUUCCUCUUCCUCCUCAACAAACUUUUCAAACUACCCCAUCAACUUCAACACAAUUUUUGGGAGGUCAACAACAACAACUUCCUUCUCUUUAUUCAAUGCUUUCCCCAACAACAGUAUCUAUUCAUUCUCCUCUCCUUCUCAGUCCUUACGCAACUUUACAAAUUCCUGCACCAGCAACGGCUUCUCUUCCAAGUACAUCAUCAGAUGUUGCAGCCAAUACUAACCUUUUAAUUAAUGACCUAUCUUCACCAACUGAAGCUCAAAGGCAAUUAAUUAGAGCGCAAUUAGAACAAGCACAACAACAGGCACAAGUUGCUGCUUGUCAAGUUCAAUUGCUUCGAGAUCAAUUAAAUUCUGAAACAACUGCUAGACUUGAAGCACAAUCAAAAACACAUCAAUUAUUAAAUUCUAAUAGAGAGUUAUUAGAGCAAGUUCAAAAUCUGGUAAAUCGUCUUCAACUAGUUGAAAAUAGAAUGACUGAAGGUUUAACGAAUAAUCGAUUGGCAAAUGAUGUUCGACAUAUCGAAAAAAGUGUUGCUGAACAACAGCAAAGUCCUCAACUUAGGCCUCCACAGCCUCAAUCUGAAUUGAGUGAAAUACAAGCUAAAGAACAGCAACAAUUAAAACAACAAAAUUUGACAGAAUUAAAACCUAUCCAAUUAAAAAAACUUUUGCCUAGAAGAACAAAUUCUGUUCAUGGUGAAGAGCCUGCAACAACAAGUUUAGCAUUUCAUGAUGAUAAUCCACCACAGAAAGAAGGAGGAAGGAGAAGACAACAACCACAUCGAACAACUUUUGUUAGUGGAACAACAUUGGAUUCAGCAGAAACUGAUUCUGAUGAAGAUGAUUCUGCUAUUGAUAAACAUUCAUCAUCAAAAGAAGCGGUAGCCCCAACAACAACAACAACAAACCCUUCAACAACUUCCUCCUCUUCCCUUUUAAAACGUUUAGUCCCCUCAAUGCCCGGUUCAUCUGUUUUAGCAUUAGGAAUGCCUCUAUUAGGAAUGCCGUUACAACAAAUGGCAAAAAAUUAUUCUUCACAGCAACAUUCGGGAAGUCCUCCAUAUCAGCAAAAACAACAAAGAAAAAAUAGUUAUAGUCAACCACCGGGAGGAGGAGGCACAACAACAAAUUUAAGGCCUAUAACAAUACCUAAUGAUGGUAAAAAGAAUUUAAGACGAUUUUCUCUUCAAGCAUCAGAAUUUGAUCCGAGUGAAUUAUUACAUCAUAAACAACAUAAAAAAGGGCCUGUUUCAAAAGGAAUUUUUGAUAAAAAAAUGGAAUUUAAAAGAAUGUCUUUUAACACAAACCCAAACAAAAAAUCUUCUGAAGAUAAAAGUUUAAUUAGUGUUCCUGACAAGGAUUGUGAAAGCAUUUGUGCUGAUACUACACUAUCUGAUUUACUUCCUCCAAGUGAAAGGAGAAAUUCUCGUUCUUCACCAGAUAAAAAAACUGUUUCGCCUGGAUCACAAAGGAGAAGAAGUUCGGCAAGUUUGCAUAGUAACACAACUGCUACAUUUGGGAAGAAAUGAUUGAAAGGAAAAAUUUUUUCUCUCAAAAUGCUCAAAAAAUUAUUUUUUGUUAAAUUUCGUGGUGAUGAUACUCUUCUCUUUUUUCUCUCUCAAAAAAUAUAUUUUUUAUUGCCUUAAUUCUCAUAAUUUUUUAUUCUCAUAAUUUUUUCUUUGGUUUAAAAACACAAAAUUAAAACUCACUUUUUUUUGCUCAAAAAAAAUUUUUUAUUUGUUGAUUGUAUUUUUGAAUAAAUCAUUUACUAUAUAUUUCCUAUUCUGUUUAAAUCGGGUUAAAUUAUCCAGUAUAUUUUUUUUUAUUUUUUGACAGAUAAGUAAGAUUUUCAAGCAUUUCUUUGUUAAAUUUUAUUUGUGUUUAGUGUUUAAGUACGAAGAUCUGCCUAUUACAAACUAUUUUCGGUUUCACGGUUGAGUGGGUUACGUCUUGUUCUAUCGUUGUUAAAGGUUGAAGGUUCGAGUCCAGAUGAGGUUUUUCUUUUUUAUUUAUUU